CACGCCCAGUCUCCCAAAUCACUUCUUUGCAGUAGGGUUGCUAUGCUGUCACUUGUAGAUUGCAGAGUUCACCUGCCGUGCUGCUACCACUCACUGUCUGCUUGAGAAUAGGCUUCACCAUCAGCAUCACAAAAUCGAUGUAGAAAUGAAAAACGAUGUGGAAUGGGGUCCAGCGCUGUAGUGGUAUUUGAUAACUGCGACGGCUCCCAGCAACAGCAAAACCCAAGUCUUCCCAAAUCAACUUUCCACCCUACACCUCCUCUAUACCCAUUCCCACCUCUUUCCCUCCAUCCCUCUUUCCUUCCCUCGCCCCACCUCUCCAUCAUCAUGUCCAGCGGAGCCCUGGGGCGUCUCAGUACCUUGACUCUGAGUGUGAAGCAGCUCAGCCGGCUGCCUCACCUCUCCGACAUCCUCCCCUCUUCACUCCCCUCCCUCCCCUCCCCCAGCCCCACCGUCCCUGUCUCCUGCGUCCCUACUCUGUUCCGGGAGCCUUACAUCCUCUCUGGCUACCGCCCGGUGGGGCAGGACUGGCGCUGUUACGUCCUCAGCCUCUUCCAGAGACACAAUGAAUCCCUCAACGUCUGGACACACCUUCUGGCAGGUCCCCUGGUGCUACUACGCGUCUGGGCCUAUGGAUUGUCCCUAGACUCGGCGUCCCUGCCUCUCUGCCUGUACAUACUGUCUGCCCUCACCUACUUGUGUUGUAGCGUAGCAGCUCACCUGCUUCAGUCCCACUCUGAGCUGGCUCACUAUACUCUGUUCUUCCUGGACUACGUGGGUGUGUCUGUGUAUCAGUAUGGCUGUUCCCUGGCUCACUAUUUCUACUGCUCUGAGCCAGCCUGGAGGGAGAGCCCCGUAGGGUUCUGGUUCCUCCCUGGCGCUGCCUUACUUGGCUGGCUGUCCUGUGCUAGCUGCUGCUUUGCCAAGUCACGUUACCGCCGGCCUUACCCACUCCGGAGGAAGAUCUGCCAGCUGAUCCCCACCAGCAUGGCCUACUUCCUGGACAUCAGCCCUGUAGCCCACCGCCUGGCUACCGUACCCUGGGGUCAGGACCCAGCUCUACCGCUCCACGCCCUGCAGAUGGCCGCCUUCCUGCUUGCAGCCUUCUUCUUCUCCUGCCCUGUUCCUGAGAGGUUCUUCCCGGGGCAUUGUGACAUCAUGGGUCAGGGUCACCAGAUCUUCCACCUCUUCCUGUCUCUGUGUACGCUGUGUCAGCUGGAGGCCCUUUUCCUGGACUAUGGCAGUCGGAGGGAUACAGUGCUGCAGUUGUAUGGGGAGAGGCAGCUGUGGUUCGCCGGUGUAUCCUUCCUCGCCCUAGCACUAUGUAGCACCCUGACCGCGGUUGUCAUGAGGAGGCAUGUACAGAGACAACUGGAGAAAAGUGAAACUGUGAAACAGUGAGGGAUGGCGGGGAGAGGAAGAACGAGAGACAUUUUCAGUGUUUUGAGAAUAAUCAUGUCCUGUAAAUGUAUAGAGAGACCGUAUUUAUCUAAGAUGAUGAGUGUCUUUGUAGCAGAUAAAGGUUUCUUGCCUUAAAAGAUCUUUUGAUUCCUGUCAAAUCUAACCAUUUCCUUCUUUGUUUACUUCCUGGACACAGGGUAAAUAUUUCUUUAUUGCCUACUUCUGAAUAGUUAUUGAUCAAUAAGCUUAGAUUCAGUUGCCUGGUCCCAGAUCUGUUUGUGCUGUAUAGCCAACGCCUAUGGACAUUGUCAUGACAAAUGUACAAACAGAUCUGGGACCAGGCUAUUGAUUCAGUUUAUAUCUGAGGAACCCGUGAAGGGUGUUUUUGUGUUAAGCUUAAUGGAAUUUCACCCCAAAGUAUGUCUGAUAAAGAGUUAGUGACAUUUUUAAA